AUUGGCAAAGUCCAUAUUUGUACUCUCUCGUCCUCGUGGAAAGGUUUCUCCGUUUAAUCUCUUGCUCUCAUCUAUUCAUGCCAACACCUCUUUAAUUCAUGUAAGAUAUACACUAUGCUUAAUUUCAGAGUACUUUCAACAUUAAAUGCGGACUUCCCUUCAAGUACCAACGAUGGCACCGACCAAAAAUCUAUUUAACUGUCUUUAGCAUCGCAUGCCCUUAGACUUUGGCGUUAUAUAUUAACUCUCUGAAGACUUUUACGAAUAUUUAUACCACUGCUUUUCCUCUCAUCUUUCUUUUUUUACUAUUUCUGCUCCUUAUCCUUUCUUAUACACUUUAUUUACCCAUUCUCCAUUCAUGACAUUCCACGAAGACCAUCCUCAUCUAUCUAUUGUUGGAGACUUUGUGUCCAAGAUUGGUAGCAAGGUCACUACCCUCUUUGGAAAAGAUGACAAGGAAGAAGCUACUGUCUCCAUUCACGAAAAGGAUGCCUGUAUAGUAGAUCCGCUUUUGGACGAAGAAGAUCAGUGUGAUGAUUGCUCCGUCGAAGUCAUCCGUCAAGACUACGAAGUCAUCCGUCCUGCUACUCAGUUCAAGUGUGGGCCCGUCCUUCGGUUCCAGGACAUUUUGGUUGAAAAGCGUCGCUGGAUAGGCUCUUGCCUGAUUGUCACCGACAAGGAAGGGCUUCCUCCACGCCUCAUUAUCCGCGACCCCACCAAAGCCCGUGUUGGGUUUUCACAUCCACGCCAUCUGGAAUCCUGGGAAGGCAAUCAUUUCUUCCGUUAUGAUAUCCAUUUAAGACUGAUGUCUCAUCGCGAAAAGAUGAUCGAGUAUUGGUUCGAAACUGAAAAUGGUGAACGCGUUGAUGAGCCUCAGAAGUGGAACUUUUAUCUUCCUGCUCUGGACGAAGGCUACAAUUGGGCAUUCUACUCUUGCAAUGGAUUCACAUCCGACGUCGAGGAUCCUGAAAAGAAUUUUAAUGGAGCAAACCCUCUAUGGGAUGACCUGCUGGCCACUCAUGACAAGAAGCCGUUUCAUGCCAUGGUCGGCGGCGGUGAUCAAAUCUACAAUGAUGAUGUAUUAGCAACACCCGAGAUGGUUGAGUGGCUAAAAAUGGAUGGGGACAUGCGUAUCGCCACUGAAUUCAAUAACGAGAAGAAAUAUGCAGUCGAGAAAUAUUAUUUUGAGCAUUAUAUCCAACAUUAUACCAUUGGCACUUACUCCAAAGCUCUCUCUGUAAUUCCUUCGGUCAACACUUGGGAUGAUCACGACAUCCUGGAUGGCUAUGGUUCCUAUCCUGAAAGGUAUCAGCUCUGUGAGGUCAUGCAAGGUAUCGGUGCAGCUGCCUCUCGCUUCUAUCUUCUCUUUCAGCAGCAUACAAAUGCCAGCAGUACUCAGCAGGCAGGGCUCUUGACUUCAAAAUCUGGUAAAGGCUGGAGCUGCAUUUCUCACUUUGGUAAGAACACGCUUGUGGUCUUACCCGACACGCGAUCAGAGCGUUCCAAGGAGAUGAUUCUCUCGGAUGAGACGUACUACCUAAUGGAGGAGGAAAUCAAAGCCAGACUGUUGCCAACAACGAAGCAUUUAGUCAUUGUUCUGGGGACGCCCUUAGUCUAUCCGGCCUUGAAGCUUUUUGAAGAAGCGUUGGAGAAAAUGGGUGAUAAGCUGUCUAGAGGAAGCGUAAUAGGGAAAAUUUUUGGUAAAUGCAAAGCCUUUGAAAACGUCUUGGGCCAGUUUGGACCUGAGCUCUUGGACGAUUUGGUUGACUCCUGGGCCUGCACAGUUCACACUGAGGAAAAGAAACGUCUUGUUGAAAUGCUCCAACAGAUUGCUGUUCAGCGGAGUAUCCGUGUUACGUUUGUUGGUGGUGAUGUGCAUGUGGGAGGCGCUGGACGCUUGUUCGGCUCUGCAAGUCAAGAUCGGUUGAGUGAUCCUUACGACAUGGUACAAAUUGUAUCCUCUGCUAUCGUCAAUGGCCCUCCCCCUGGCGCCGUUAUCACUGCGCUGCACAAGACGUCAAAAACCUACAAACUGAACGAAUAUACCUCAGAGGAAAUGACUGAAAUAUUCCAGCAGGAUGUAGAUGGUAGCCCACUUGAGAAUAAGAAGCUGUUGAACCGCCGCAACUGGUGUGAAGUUCGCGAGAAACGCGCGGAGGAACAGCUCAAGUUCUCGCUUCAUGUCGAGAAUCUAGACCAUAUUGGCGCCCAGAAAUAUCGCUUGUUCGUCGAUAGCCUUCGUGUCAAUGAAGAGUAAAGCACUAAUAUACCACCCCUCGCUUUUUUAGGGAAAAAAAAAAUUAGAUAAACUGGUUGAUGUAAUGAAUAAAUUAUAUAUAUUGAUGCUAGCAGAU